AUGCAUCUCAAGUCUUAUGUGACAGCCGCCCUGUAUGGGCUGCCUGCCCUGGCUAAUGCUGCCCCGUCGCCAUCUCCCUCACAGGCUGCAUCUGUCUCUUCUGCUGCUGACUCGAAUUCCGACCACUUCAAGAGCUACACGAUCAAGGCAGAGAACAUCACUGCCAAGUUGAUUCCGUAUGGCGCGCGUCUCACCUCCUUGCUAGUUCCAGAUCGUGAUGGCAAUGUCCAAGAUGUGGUCGUUGGCUACGAUGAGCCUAAAGAAUAUUUGCAUGAUAGUCAGACCAAUCGCACCUUCUUCGGCGCGGUCGUUGGUCGCUAUGCCAACCGUAUCAAGAACGGUACCUUCACCAUUGACGACAAAGAUUAUCACGUUCCUGAGAAUGAGAAUGAUGGCGUGGACACCCUCCACGGUGGCUUCACUGGAUAUGAUAUGCGCAACUGGACAGUCACUUCCCAUACCGAGUCCUCUAUCACCUUCACCUUGCUCGAUCAAGGCUUCGAGAAGUUCCCAGGAGACAUCAUCACCCAUGCAACUUUCAGCGUGUCCACUGAGAAGACCCAAGCCAACCCCAAAGGUCUUCCUCAGCUGACCUCAAAGCUAGUGGCUCUCUCUCUCACCAAGAAGACCCCCAUCAUGCUGUCUAACCACAUCUACUGGAACCUGAACGCGUUCAAAGAAUCCAACGUGCUGAAGGACACCACCUUGCAGCUCCCCCUCUCGCAGCGCUUCAUUGGGGGAGACAGCAUCUUAAUCCCGAACGGCACCAUCCACGACGUUGAAAGCGCCUACAAGGGAUCCCUGGACUUCACCAGCCCCAAACUCAUUGGCAAAGAUAUCGAGAAGACCACCAAUCUCUGCGGUGCCGGCUGCGUCGGCUACGACACAUGCUUCCUCAUCGACCGACCCUCAACAUACGCGUCGAACUCGAUGGUCACAGCCCUGAGCGCCUCGUCGAGCUCCACUGGUAUCAGCCUCGACGUCGCUACCAACCAGGCCGCGGUUCAGAUCUACACCUGCAGCGGGCAGAACGGCUCCAUCGCCACAAAGAAGUCGCAGGCGAAGCGCAAUAAGGCUGACGGCGGUGACGCCGGUGCCACCCACGUCAACAAGUACGGAUGUUUCGUGAUCGAGACCGAGGACUGGAUCGAUGGUAUUAACAACCCGGAGUGGGGUCGUGUUCCCUACCAGGUCUUUGGCCCUGAUGAUGGGCCAGUCGUUAACUGGGCUACCUACCAGUUUGGCACUAUCUAG